UGGCGGCGGAGAUGGCGGCGACCGCGGCCGAGGCUGCGGCCUUGGGCUCCGGCGAAGCCCGGGAAGAGGCCGAGACCCCCAGCCCUGCCUGGGACGAGUCUCAGCUGCGCAGCUACAGCUUCCCGACGCGGCCCAUCCCGAGGCUGAGUCAGGGCGACCCAAGGGCGGAGGAGCUGAUCGAGAACGAGGAGCCCGUGGUGCUGACGGACACCAACCUGGUGUAUCCUGCCCUGAAGUGGGACCUCGAUUACCUGCAGGAGAACAUUGGCAAUGGAGACUUCUCCGUGUACAGUGCCAGCACCCACAAGUUUUUAUACUACGACGAGAAGAAGAUGGCCAAUUUCCAGAACUUCAAGCCCAGGUCCAACAGGGAGGAAAUGAAGUUUCAUGAGUUUGUUGAGAAACUGCAGGAGAUACAACGACAAGGAGGGGAAGAGAGGUUGUACCUGCAGCAAACACUCAAUGACACUGUGGGCAGGAAGAUUGUCAUGGACUUCUUGGGUUUUAACUGGAACUGGAUUAAUAAACAACAGGGAAAGCGUGGCUGGGGGCAACUGACCUCCAACCUGCUGCUCAUUGGCAUGGAAGGAAAUGUGACGCCUGCUCACUAUGAUGAGCAACAGAACUUCUUUGCUCAAAUAAAAGGCCACAAGCGAUGUAUCUUAUUUCCCCCGGAUCAGUUUGAGCGCCUUUACCCAUACCCUGUUCACCACCCUUGUGACAGACAGAGCCAGGUGGACUUUGACAAUCCUGACUACGAGAGGUUCCCCAAUUUCCAGAACGUUGUUGGUUACGAGACCGUGGUUGGCCCUGGUGAUGUUCUUUACAUCCCAAUGUACUGGUGGCACCACAUAGAGUCACUACUAAAUGGGGGGAUUACCAUCACUGUGAACUUCUGGUAUAAGGGGGCCCCCACCCCUAAGAGAAUUGAAUAUCCCCUUAAAGCCCAUCAGAAAGUGGCCAUAAUGAGAAACAUUGAGAAGAUGCUUGGAGAGGCCUUGGGGAAUCCACAAGAGGUGGGGCCCUUGUUGAACACAAUGAUCAAGGGUCGAUACAACUAGCCUGCCAGGAGUUGAGGCCUCCUGCCAGGCGACCGCUAACCCGUCCACACCGCUUCAUUGAUGAGGACAGGAGACUCCAAGCACUAGUAUUGCACGCUGCACUUAAUGGACUGGACUCUUGCCAUGGCCCUGGAGUUAGGUGUUUGGGGCAAACAAGGUGGCUGGCACUCUGCUCCUGUUUGUCUUCCCAGCACCUCCUCCCUGCCUCCCCUCCCCCCCCCCCCGAAAGUCCUGUAUUUAGUGUGUGGUGUCCCAGCUUAUGGCCAUCAUCA